CGGCUCUCUUUUCGCGCCCGCAAGCGGGCGAGGCCGGCGGCUGCCGCAAGCGCGACCAGGCCUGGAGCACACACUCCUGAGAAGCAGCAGAGGUUGGGGGCUCCCAGUCCUUGAGACCCUGGUUGGCACAGAAGGCUCAUGGAGCCCCAGGCGUGGGGGGCCCUCCUCUUGAGGGUCAGCAGGUUCCUUCCGGACCUGCAGGGUGCCACCCCAAUCUAGCCAACAUGGCACAUGGUUUUGCAGUGGGCUUUGACCCGCUGGGUCUUGGAGACCUAAGCUCCAGCUCUCUGAGCUCCCUCUCCUCCCGAGGCCACCUGGGCAGCGAGUCGGGCUCCGCAACGCGAUACCUGCUGAGAAAGCAACGGCUGCUGAAUGGGCCCCCCCGUGGAAUCCGAGCCUCAUCGCCCAUGGGCCGAGUCAUCCUCAUCAACUCCCCUAUCGAAGCCAACAGCGAUGAAAGUGACAUCAUCCAUGCAGUUCGAGUGGAGAAGAGUCCAGCUGGGAGGCUGGGGUUCAGUGUGCGGGGCGGCUCUGAGCACGGCCUGGGCAUCUUCGUCAGCAAAGUGGAGGAGGGGAGCAGUGCAGAGCGGGCUGGCUUGUGCGUGGGGGACAAGAUCACCGAGGUGAAUGGGCUGAGCCUGGAGAGCACCACAAUGGGCAGCGCUGUGAAGGUGCUGACUGGCAGCAGCCGCCUGCACAUGAUGGUGAGACGCAUGGGCCGCGUGCCGGGCAUCAAGUUCUCCAAGGAGAAGACCACAUGGGUGGAUGUGGUCAAUCGGCGACUGGUAGUAGAAAAGUGCAGCUCGACACCCUCCGAAAGCAGCUCAGAGGACGGUGCACGGCGCAUCGUCCACCUCUACACAACCUCCGAUGACUUCUGCCUGGGCUUCAACAUCCGCGGGGGCAAGGAGUUUGGCCUGGGCAUCUAUGUGUCCAAAGUGGACCACGGUGGACUGGCCGAGGAGAACGGCAUCAAGGUGGGAGACCAGGUCCUAGCGGCCAACGGUGUCAGGUUCGAUGACAUCAGCCACAGCCAGGCCGUGGAGGUGCUGAAGGGUCAGACACACAUCAUGCUGACCAUCAAGGAGACCGGCAGGUAUCCUGCCUACAAGGAGAUGGUCUCUGAGUAUUGUUGGCUGGACCGAUUGAGCAACGGGGCGCUGCAGCAGCUGUCCCCCGCCUCGGAGAGCAGCUCCAGCGCCUCCUCCUUCACCUCCAGUGCCCCCUACAGCUCGGCUGAGGGCUCCCUGCCCUCAGACCGCAUGGAUGUCUGCCUGGGGCCUGAGGAGCCUGGCAGCAGCUGGGGCCCGGGCUGGGGGCGGGCGGACACAGCCAUGCAGACGGAGCCGGACGCGGGGAGCCUCGUGGAGACCUGGUGCAGCGUGCGGCCCACAGUCAUCCUCAGGGACACCGCCAUCCGUUCCGACGGCCCACCACCCACCCGCCACCUUGACUCUGCACUCUCUGAGUCCCCCAAGACUGCUCUGUUGCUGGCCCUCAGCCGACCCCGGCCCCCCAUCACCCGCUCCCAGAGCCACCUGACCUUGUGGGAGGAGAAGAAGCAGCGGAGGAAGGAGAAGUCAAGGUCCCCUGGGGAGAAGGGGGCCCUGCAGCGCUCCAAGACCCUGAUGAACCUCUUCUUCAAGGGAGGGCGGCAGGGGCGCCUGGCAGGGGAUGGGCACAGAGAGGCCUGGACGCUGGACAGCAGGAGCCCAGCCAAGCCCCGCCCUCACCUGGACCUGGAGAAAGCAGGGGGAGUGGGGCCCGUGCAGAAGUUUGUCACCUGGAGGCUGAGACGUGACCGGGAGAGGGGCCGGGCUCUGCUCUCUGCCAGGUCUGGGAGCCCCUCCAGCCACCUGCCCAAUGUGGAUGAGCGGGUGCAGGCCUGGGAGAGCCGUCGGCCUCUGAUUCAGGACCUGGCCCGGCGAUUGCUGACCGAUGAUGAGGUGCUGGCUGUCACCCGCCACUGCUCCCGGUACGUGCACGAGGGCGGCGUGGAGGACCUAGUGAGGCCCCUGCUGGCCAUUCUGGACAGGCCGGCAAAGCUGCUGCUGCUGAGGGACAUCAGGAGUGUGGUGGCCCCCACAGACCUGGGUCGCUUCGACAGCAUGGUGAUGCCUGUGGAGCUGGAGGCUUUUGAGGCCCUCAAGAGUCAAGCAGUUCGGCCUCCUGCCUUGAGACCAACCCGACAAGACACACUACCCAAGCGUCACCUCAUCACCCCCGUGCCUGACAGUCGUGGCGGCUUCUACCUGCUCCCUGUGAACGGCUUCUCAGAAGAGGAAGAAGAUGGGGAGCUGAGGGAGCGGCUGGGGGGCCUCCAGGUCUCCCUGGGUGCCUCUGCCCCCCGCCACCCUCAUAAAGGGAUCCCCCCUCUCCAAGACGUGCCAGUAGAUGCCUUUGCCCCACGCCGAAGCGCCUGCACACCCCCUCCCCAGCCACCUCCCGUGGCUCCCCGGCCCCCGAGGCCUAACUGGCUGCUGACCGAACCGUUGACCCUAGAGGACCCUCGGCAGAGCCGGAGCCAGGGCCCAGCCCAGAGCUGCAGCCGUAGCCGUAGCCGUAGCCGCAGCCGGGGCCGAGGCAAGUCCCCGGGCCGCAGGCACUCCCCAUCCCCGGCACCCAUCCCCACUCCUAGCACAGCCAAUGGGCGCUACCACAAGCCUCGAAAAGCCAGGCCCCCUCUGCCACGACCUAUGGAUGGGCAGGUGGCCAAGGCAUGGGGCAGUCAAGGGCCCUCUGAGAAUGGAACUGGCAGGACAGGUGAGGAGACAGCCACGAAGGUCCCUAGUGGGGAGCUGAGGACUGUCACGCUGUCCAAGAUGAAACAGUCCUUGGGCAUCAGCAUUUCUGGGGGCAUUGAGUCCAAGGUACAGCCCAUGGUGAAGAUAGAAAAGAUCUUCCCCGGGGGCGCCGCCUUCCUCAGCGGGGCCCUUCAGGCUGGCUUCGAGCUUGUGGCCGUGGAUGGAGAGAGCCUGGAGCAGGUGACGCACCAGCGGGCAGUAGAUACCAUCCGCCGGGCUUAUCGAAACAAGGCUCGGGAGCCCAUGGAGCUUGUGGUCAGGGUCCCCAAGCCUGGCCCACUGCCCUUGCCCUCUGACUCGUCAGCCCUCAAUGAACAGCGGCUUCCUGCUGACCAUUCCCCUGCCCACUGACCCCUUGAUGGCACUCCAGCUGCCUCCCAGAACUUCCCAUUAAUGCCCUUCCCACCCAAACCUAGACCCCUCCUGCUGACGCUGGGCUUCUCCAGCUGA